AUGACGACUUUCGACGUUUUCUCGUAUUUGGCUGCGGUGGUCGGUCUGGGUUACCUUGUCUUGACGUUGCCCACGUUGCAACAGAAAUGGAAGCUACACUCCCAUCGCUCUCAGCUACCACCAGGGCCCAAAGCCAUCAGGACCGGCAUAAAUAAGCCGUGGCUCUGGUUCCAAGAGCUGGGCAGGGAGUUCGGCGAUGUCGUGUAUCUCCAGAUGGGGCCGACACCAACGAUCGUCUUGGGGUCUGCCCAGGCAGCUUGGGAUCUCCUUGAGAAGAAAGGGGCCAUAUUCUCAUCUCGCCCGCGCUUCAUAAUGGGGGGCGAACUCUUGUCCGGCGGCAAGAGGGGCCUCAUGGCCCCUUACUCGCCGUUCUGGAGACGCUGGCGCAAGCUCCUUCACAGCGGCUUCAUGCAGAGGCAGAGCGAGACGUAUCGGCCGAUUCAGAGCCUCGAGUCCAAGGUCCUCAUGCACGAGCUUCUCGCGCAACCCGGAGAUUUCAGGAAGCAUCUCGAGCGAUACGCGGCGUCCGUCAUCGUGACGGUGGCGUACGGCAGGAGGGUCGAGGACGUUUCGACCGACAUCGUCGUCCAGCGAAAUGCCGAGUCCAUGGGUCGUCUGACCGCAGUCAACAUCCCAGGAAAGUUUGCGGUUGAACGGUUCCCGGUGCUCAAGUACGUCCCGAGCUUUCUGGCCCCGUGGAAGGCCGAAGUCUUGAAACAAAGACAAAAAGACGUCCAGCUCUACACGGAGCUCAUGGAAGAAGUUCGAGCCAAGGCGUGGCGCCGGCUUGCUUUGCGAGGCACCUCUUACAGGAGCAGGCAAGUCUCGUCGGCUGGGUCCCUGGCCAGCUUCCUUUUGGCGUGCGCCAAGUUCGGUCCGCAAUUCAUACCAAAAGCCCAAGAAGAACUUGACAGGGUCGUCGGCAGUGGGCGACUGCCGGAUUUCGCAGACUUGGAAAGACUCAAGUACGUCGAAGCCAUAGCGUCGGAGACUCUACGCUGGAGGCCGGUUGCCGUGCUCGGAGGCACUCCUCACGCAAGCACGGCGGAUCACACGUACAGGGGCAUGUUCAUACCGAAGGGGAGCACCAUCAUCGCGCCUCUGUGGAGCAUACAUCUCAACGAGGCGGACUUCCCGGAACCCCACGAAUUCAGGCCUGAACGGUUCACGGAGCGCAGAGAAUAUCCCGGCGCGUUCGGCCAUAGCGCCUUUGGCUGGGGCCGCCGCAUCUGCCCAGGCAUGCACCUCGGGUCCGCGUCGGUCGCGCUCAAUAUCGCGAGGAUCCUUUGGGGGUUCGCGGUCGGCGCCGCCAAGGACGACAAGGGCAGAGACAUUGACGUCGACAUUUUUGCUUACUCAGACGGCUUCAACUCGAGCCCGUUGCCGUUCCCUUGCUCAAUCAUACCCCGGUCUUCGAAGCACGCCACAGUAAUCCAAAGAGAGUACGAGAAUGCUUUGAAAGAGCUCGGAAAGUACACUGCUGCAGAAAGCAUGGUGUCUUAG